AUGAUGUCGUUUCGGCCGGUCCCGGCCACAUUAUCACCUUCCGCAGACUUUCCGCUGGAGGAACUUCGACGCUACUUCAGAGACGACCAGCUGACAUGGGGGAUCCCGGCUAUUUUCGCAUCCGUCCGAUACUGCAGGUGGUAUGGGUGUGCUCAGCACAGUGUCAAUCUUGAAGCGAAACUUUUGACCCGAGACCUGGCAAUCCAAGAGGCUGAGCGUAAGUUCGAAGUCGAAAUUUCGACAUUUGAUGCCACCAUCAAGGGUCAAGAACAGAAGAUUGCGCAGCAAUCUGUUGAACUUCUCAAUCUGCAGGCGUGUUCGAAGAUCAUGUGGCUUCAGGCGGAUGUCGACUCCCACGUUACUGGGAUUCGGGAAGAUCAUGCAACAGAUCUCCAACAUCGCGAAGCCCAAAGCGAGCGAAGAGUUCAGGAUGUGCUCGCGCAACUUGCUUUGGCCGAGAAGCGUCUCCAAGACCAUACCAUCUCAGGCGAAGAAGCCGAAGCCAGCCAGAGGCUGCUAGCCAAUUCCAACCAUGCCAGAGACCAGGCCCUGCUGGCUUCAUGUUUCCGAGCUCGAAGACUCAAUCCGUGA